CCUGCCACGUGUCUUGAUACAAUUUUUAGCUCCCAAGAAACAAAAUCUCUUUACCCAAAAUUAGAAGUCAAAAAUCAAAAUCCCAUCUUCAAUAUUUUCUUGUUUUUCAUCUCUCUCAAUUCAAUUCGCUUUGAUAAACAGCUAUGUCUGAAAGGCGAUUUCGUUUUGGUUACGUACUUGCAUCGAAGAAAGUUUCAAGCUUUAUUCAAGAUUCACUCAUCAAUCAUGCCCAAGAAAAUGGUAUUGAUUUAGUGCCUAUCGAUCUUGACAAACCAUUAAUCGAACAAGGUCCUUUUGAUUGUAUAUUCCACAAGCUAUAUGGUCCAGAAUGGAGGAAGCAGUUAGAAGAAUUCGCGCUUCAGAACCCAACCGCCAUUAUAGUAGAUCCAAUCGACGCCAUUGAAAAGCUUCAUAAUCGGCUCACAAUGCUUGACGUCGUUAACGAAAUGAAAAUCGCCGGAGAUAGCGAAACUAUCGGAAUCCCUAUUCAGAUUUUCGUUGGAGAAAAUUCAGAAUCCCUUUUAGACGCUAUUACUAGUCAAGGGUUACAUUUCCCUGUCAUUGCUAAGCCGUUGAUUGCGAAUGGCUCUGCUGAUUCUCAUCAAAUGUCUUUGGUUUUGAAGCCGGAAGGGUUAGAAGGGCUGAAACCCCCAAUUGUUUUACAGGAAUUUGUGAAUCAUGGAGGCGUUAUUUUCAAGGUUUAUGUAGCUGGGGAGCAUGUUAAAUGUGUGAAAAGGAGGUCAUUGCCUGACAUUCCGGAGGAGAAAUUGGGGAUGUUAGAGAAUUUGAUAUCGUUUUCGCAGAUAUCUAAUUUAACUGCUCAAGAUCAGAAUGAUGAUACUUUUGCUGAACUGAUUGAGAAGGCGGUGAUGCCUCCGUCAAGAUUUGUGACAGAUGUUGCCAAUCAGUUGAGGGAUGCUUUGAAGUUGCAUCUUUUUAACUUUGAUAUGAUUAGAGAUGAAAAAGUUGGGAAUCGAUAUCUUGUUAUUGACAUCAAUUAUUUCCCUGGCUAUGCUAAAAUCCCAAACUAUGAGACUAUGAUGACUGCAUUUUUCCUAGAUAUUGCACGCGAGAAGCUAAACAACGAGUCUCGUUAGGCCUCUUAUCAGAUCAUUAUAGUGGUUAUACAGUUAGCUUUUUUACUGUUUUACCUCAGCUGAAGUAAAUGUGAAUCAAAAGAGGCUAACUGCUCUAAUUUCGUAAAACUGUAAGGUAAAAGUCUACUGAGUUUUGGAGCAAUUGAUGCGCUUCUCUUUCAUUCUCCUUCUUUCUUUAGUUUAGUUAAUGAGAUGUGGAAUAAUUUGGAACCGGAUGAUAAUACUUCUAAGUUUUAACUCUUCUGUUGAAUGAAGUUUUUAAUUUUGAGGAA